AUGCCAGAGACACAGAGGCCACGUCAGGUUCACCAACGCCCGUACAGCGCUGGAGACCACUCCACAUACACCCCGCUUUUACCAGCACCCAGCGAGGAAGUUAUCUUUGAGAUGGAGGCUAUCCCCAAGUGUCCCGAGUCCAUAAUCUCACGAGCACCAUCCCAGCCGCCUCCAUAUGAGGAGAUCGAUACCAAUUGGCUUGCAAGGGAGGAUAUCUACACCCGCCACACCCCGAACAAUGACACAAGCAAUUCUCGCUCUGCAAGCGCCGAGAGAUCAAAAAACCGUCAAGCCCCAGACUCACCACUUUACCCUUGUUACCCAGACUCCAACGCCGGCGUCUGGCUCCUUUUAAUCUUUAUGCUCUUGGUCAUCAUCGGGGCCUCCAUCGGCGGACCGCUUGGGGCAGCGAAGGCGAAAGAGAAUACCGAGAAGAACGACCCUGUUCCGGCUGGGAAAGCGAUGCAGACCCCGUCUGCGACUACGACUACGACUACGACUACGGCUACGGCCACUGUUACAAACACGGUUACGGUCACGCAGACUGCCGCCCGAGCAUGA